AUUCCAUGUUGGUUUUGUGGCUAUUUUUAGUUCCUCAUUCCUAUAACAAACCUAUUUAAGACUUGAAGUAUGGUUACUUUCAUUUUCUACAGUGAAGUUGACUUGACCGGGGUCCACAGCUGUUUACAUUCAAAUUUGAACUAGGAACUUCUUGAUUCUGAGCCCAUCAGGCUCUGCACUCACUUAGCUGCCUAGACCAAUUACUGAAAGGGACCUCACAGAAAGUCAGAGAACUCCCUUCAUUUAUGGAUAAAUAAAUUAAGGCCCAUGGAGGGUAAAGGGACUUGGAAGUUUUCACAGGCAGUAAGCCUCAGAGGCAGUCCUCUGACUCCAGAGAACAGAUCUUCUCUUCAUGAUGGGAUGAAUUCUCUCCUGCUUUCUGAGAAGGAGCCUAGAAGAUUCUUCUUCAGGAGAAGGAAAGCAGCUCCCUGGUUGGGUUCCUGUCAGCCAUCAUCUGGACCAUGAAGUGGAAUCACCAGCCAGCUUCCUACAACAGCCUCAUUCUACCUUUCUACCUCACGCACCUCAUCCUUGUGCUUUCUGGUAUUCCUAGCUCAGGCACAUUCACAGUAUCUGGCCCUCUGGUCCAGCCCAUCCGGGCCUGGGUGGGGGAAGACGUCCAGCUCUCCUGUCACCUCUCUCCUAAGUUUGAUGCUCGGGGCAUGACUGUGAAGUGGGUCAGAGGCCCACUGGUUGUGCACUUGUACCGCAUGGGCCAGGAGAUGGAGGAAGUCCAGGCCCCUGCAUUCCAAGGCAGGACAAAGAUGCUGAGAAAGGACAUGGCUGAGGGGAAGGUGACCGUGAUCAUCCAUCAGGUCCAGCUCUCUGACACUGGCCAGUACACAUGUUAUUUCCAGGAAGGCUCCUUUUAUAAUGAAACCAGCUUUCACUUUCAGGUAGCAGAAUGCCAGAAAGGAGCAUUCUCAGUGACUGGCCCUGCUCAGCUCAUUCAGGCCAAGCAGGAGGAAAGCGUCACACUCUCCUGUCAACUCUGCCCUAAGAUGGAUGCUCAGGACAUGACUGUGAACUGGUUCAGAAACCAGACCCUUGUGCACAGCUACCCUGCUGGGGAGAAGCAGCAGGAAUCCCAGGGCACUGGGCUCCAGGGGAGGAUGGAGCUGCUGAAACAUGACAUGGCAGGGGGGAAGGUGACCUUGAGGAUCCAGCAGGUCCAGGUCUCUGACUCUGGUCAAUACACUUGCCGUGUCCAGUCACCUGACAGUUGUGAUGAAGCCCAUAUUGAGCUGCAGGUAGCAGAGAAUCUCCCCCCAUCUCAGAAGACACUUGCCAUAUUCCUCAUUGUUGUAUUCUUCAUGGUCAUCAUUGGUUCUGUCUCCAUGACUUUUUCUUCUUCCAAAGAAAACUACUGAGAAACAGAGUAUUUCCAUUGAGAGGUAUUUCAAAGUAAGCAAUUCCAGAAGGAGGACAGAGAAGCAGCACAGACAAGCAGGGACCCCCCUGCCUCCCCUGAGGAUCUCCAGCUCCCCAAAGGCUGCCAGCCAGAGAAUCUAUCUCUCUUCACUGAUACAGAAAGGGGAAGGUGGGGCAGCAUGACUGAUUGGGGUGUGGGCCCAAGCUAAGAUCUUAGCCCUGAAUGGGAUGUCCCAGUGAAGACUCCUCAGUGUAAUUAAGGUUUGGGAUAAGGCUGAGUGGGAUGAGGGGUCCU